AUGAGCAACCCCUCAUAUCCCCUCCACGAAUCGGUGGCCAGCCGCAUCGACCCCGAGUAUGCUGCCUUCUACAACAAACAUAUCAUAGAUAAACAGCAGGUUCAUCUACAGCCAGUUGAAGCAUCGCGUACCAGCGGAGUCCUCAUCCCAGGAAGUGGUCCGUUGCAGCCCGUUGCCAGCACGGUAGACUAUGCCGUCAAACGAAAGGAAAGCGAGGGCCCUGACGUGAACGUUCGCUGCUUUACGCCCGAGGGCGAUAAACCAACGAACGGAUGGCCUGUUUGCAUCUACUACCAUGGAGGCGGUUGGGUUUUGGGCACGAUCGCUACUGAGAACGUGAUCGCAUCGCAUCUGUGCGCGCGGGGAAAAUGCGUGGUUGUGGCUGUUGAUUAUAGGUUGGCGCCAGAAGACCCUUUUCCAGCUGCGGUACAUGAUUCCUGGGAGGCUGUUCUCUGGGUACUGGACCAAGGAAAGGAGAUCCUUGGAUUGGACAUUUCAAAACUGGCGACAGGAGGUUCGUCUGCUGGAGCUAACCUGGCAGCAAUUAUGUGCCAAAGAGCAGCCGACAGAGGAUCACCUAAGUUCUCGCUCCAGCUUCUCUCCGUACCUGUCAUGGACAACACAGCUGACACAACAAACAACACUUCAUGGAAAGAGAAUAAAAACACCCCAGCCCUCCCCGCCCUCAAGAUGCUCUGGUACCGUAACCACUAUCUUCCAAACAAAGAGGAUUGGGGCCAUCCGGAAGCCAGCCCUCUGUUCUGGGAGGGAGACUUCUCAAAACUACCACCUGCGUGUUUUGUCGUUGGAGAGUUAGAUGUACUUCGAACAGAGGGUGAGCAAUUUGCAAAGAAGUUAGAGGAUGCAGGGGUUAAGGCAGAGCUUAAUGUCAUGAAGGGUCAGCCGCAUCCUUUCAUAGCUAUGGAUGCGGUGCUCGAGGCUGGGUCAAGAGCUAUAACGCUUUUCUGCGAUGCUUUGUAUAAGACGAUGUAUGAGAAAUGGUAG